GAAAACCACAAAUGACCACGUGACUUACAAACGUGUGUCUCGCUUUCACACUAGUUCGAAUUCGAAAAGGUUUGUAUUUGACACUCCUGCUGACAAUAGUGAAGAAAUACUUACUUAGUUUUAAAAGAGAAACAGGAAGUAGAAAGAGGAAGAUAAAAAGGAGGAAGAGUGGACGGACGUGAUGGAGGCAGAUCGCAGCAGCACCGGUCACAGCACGGACACCAAUGAAGCUUAUCCAGUCCGCUGCACUGAGGAGCUGCUUCUACCUUUCUUCAGAGACUACAGUUUACAGUCCAUCAUGGCCACCCCUGCGUCUCCUUCACCUCAUCACACCCCCCUUUCUCCCAUAUCUGAUCUCCGACUGGUCCUACUGGGCAGAAAAGGAGCUGGAAAAAGUGCAGCGGGGAACACCAUUUUGGGAGCUGGAUUUGAAUAUGGAAAACCGACUGAAGAAUGUAUCAAAAGACGUGCGGAUGUGAACGGGAUUAAAGUGACAGUGGUUGACACCCCGGGAUGGGAAUGGUACUACCCACUCAACAGCACCCCGAAUUGGGUCAAACGCGAGACUUUACGAAGUGUCACUCUAUGCCCCCCCGGGCCUCAUGCCAUUUUGCUUGUGCUUAGAUCCUGCGCUUCUGUCAAUGAAGAUUACAUUAAAGAAAUAGAGGAACAUCUUUUUCCACUUGGGAGAAACAUUUGGGAAUACACAAUAGUGCUAUUCACAAGAGGAGAUGAGUUAGGAUUGGUAUCGAUGGAACAACGCAUUCAAACUAGUCCCGGACUGCAAAAGCUCCUUCAAAAAUGUCAAAAUAGAUAUCACGUAAUGGAGAACAGGAACAAAGAAGGGACACAGGUUAAAGAAUUGAUAAAGAAGUUGAAAGAAAUGGUGGAGAAGAAAGAAGCGAGGUGUAAACACGUGAGUAUGGACGCUGCAGUGUUGUCAGAGAUGGAGGUGGACGGGACGAGGAGAGCAAGAGAGAGGAGGAAGAGACAGAGGCAGAUGGAGGCCCAGGCGCAAAGAGGGACCAUCAAGACCGCUCUGAUCAGUGACAAUCUGCAGUUGUCCGAGUCCGACGGCCACCACUCCUUCUCCAAAACCCCUCGUCGUCUUCCGGAAAUCCGCCUCGUUCUUUUGGGAGAGCGGGAGACCGGAAAGAGCUCCGCUGGGAACGCCAUCUUGGGUCAUUCCGACGUAUUCCAAGCUGGAACGGUUACAGAGGAGUGCAUUCGUCAACAAGCGAACGUCUCCCAACGGCACGUGACUGUAGUGGACACACCUGGAUGGGAGGGAGGCGUCAUGGGCACCACACCUGAACGAGUGAAAAGAGAGAUAGUCACGAGUGUUGGUUUAUGCCCGCCAGGUCCUCACGCAUUUUUGUUAGCGUUACGAGUCAAUACAGCGGUUAGAGAAAGUCAUAUUUGCAAUCAUUUAGAGCUGUUAGGAGAGGACAUUUGGAGAUACACAAUUUUACUAUUUACUCAUUGUGAUCAACUACGAGAGGGGGUUAGUAUCGAGAAACAUAUUCAAAAAGGCGGGAAAGAGUUGCAGAUGCUCUUGGAAAAGUGUAAAGGAAGAUACCACGCCAUGAGCUACGCAAACGGGUUACAGAAUUCAACGCUGGUGACGGAACUGCUGGAGAAAGGAAAAAUGGCCACUACAAAUCGAUGUGAGGCAUUUUCAGGGUUAGUCCAGGAAGUGAAGACGUUGACCAGGCAAAAAAAUGAGAAAUACAGCCAGCGUUUGAAAGAACUGCAGGAGAAGAUGUCACGACAAGAGGCGGAGCUUAAAAAACUGAGAGAGAGGGAGAUGAAAAGUUUGAGGUGGUUUUUUGAACGCAAGAAAAAGUCCAAAUCGCCCGGGAAUCUGAAAAAAGAAGAAGAGGAGGAUGAGGAAAAGAGAACUGAUCAGAAUGUUGAAGAACUGGAAGAAAGGAUGAGAAUGAUGAUAGAAGACAAAGAAAGAGAAAUAAUAGAUUUGAAUGUGGAGCAUGAGAGGAUACUGGCCGAGCUACACAAAAGUAAAUGUGAGUCUGAAGAGGCAGGUCUUAAAGUUGAAAUGAGAGAAAGAGAGGUUGAAGAAUUGACUGAACGAGCUGACGAGCAACAAUCAAAAAUACUUGAACUUGAACGCAUCGCAGUCGGACAUGAACAAGAGAAGCGACAAUACAAAGAGGCUUUCAAAGAGUGCGAAAACAUAGUACAAAAAUUACAACAAAAUGUUAAAUUGGCGAUAAGUGAAUGCGCAGAGUGGAAGGAGAAAGCGGCAAAGUUAAACGAAGACUUGGAACAAGCUAGAAAAUGUUAUGAGGAUGACGUUGAGAAAAUAAAACAAGAAAAAGAAAUGGCACUAAACGAAUUUGAGUUUAAAAUGUCGAAAAUUGAAACCUUGCUACGCGAAAAGGAAACAGAGGUUGAACAAAACAUAAACUCGAUGAACGAUGAAAAGCAGAAAGCGUUGGAUAGGAUUGAAAAUAAUAAACAAGAAAUGCUAAAGAAAAUGGAUGAGAUGACUUGUCAACAUAAAAAACAGUUAGAUGAAGUUAGGUUACUUUCGGACAAUGAGAUGAAAAACAAAAUUAGCGAAAUGGACACUAAGUUAGAGAUGUUGAGGAUACAGCAUUUUGAAGAAACUGAACAAAUUCUGAAGCAACAUCAAACUGAGUUGAAUGAAAAAUUAUCAGAAAACAAACAUUUAAAAGACCAGCUGGCAAAAGAAGCUAAAUCUAACAUGGAAAUCAAGCAGAGAGAAUUAGCUGCAAUGGAACAAAAAUAUUGUGAAUUGAUAAACGAAAAAUCCAGAGAAUUUGAAACUGAAAAGCAAACCAUUGUGGAAAAUCAAAAACUGGAAAUAUAUGAGAAAAAUGAAGAAAUUAUUAAGCUAAGUGAGCAAAUUCAAGACAAUCUGAAGAGACAAAAAACUGAAAUUGAAAAAAUGAGAGAGGAUUUUGCUAAAAUGUUAGAAGAAAAACAAAAAGAGAUAGCGACAAGGCAAUUAAAGCAUGAAGAAGAGCUGAAAGCAAAAAUGUCAAUAUUGGAAAAUGAAAAAGAACAGCUUUUUAUGGAGAGAGACAAGGAGAUUCAAGAACUCAAAUGUGAAUAUACCGAUGAGAUUAAUGGGAAAAAUAAAGAAAUUGAGAAUAUUUUGAAAGAAAAAGGAGAAGAAAUUGAAAAACUUGUAACUGACAUUGAAGAACUGAAACAAAAACAAUUGGAAGAGUUGGAUUGUAUGGCAGGUGUGCAGGCAAAACUACAAGAGAGAGAACAAGAAAUAUUUAGGUUGAAAGAGUGUUUACAGGAAGAAGAGAAGAAACUACAAGAAUUUCAAACCAAAAAAGACCAAGAAUGGAGACAGAUUGAGGAAAAAUUGGUUGAGAAAGAACAAUUAAUACAAAUGCUCAAUGAGAAAUUAAAAGAAAUUGAAGAAAUGUUGCAAAAAAAGGACAAUGAAAGAGGACAGAUGUUGGUAAACCAGAAGAAAGAGGCUGAGCUCCAGCUGGAAAUUCGUAAUAAAGAGAUAAAUGAGAUAAAACAAAAACUUUUAAAUGAAACUGAGAGAAAUGCUGAAAAUGAGAAAUUAGUCAAAAAACUGACUAAUGAAAUUGCGCAAAUUCAAAAUGAAGUUAUGUUAAAAAAGGAGGAGUAUAAGGAAGUUGUAAAGAUGCAAGAAAGUUAUGUCCAUGAAAUUGAAGAGUUGAAAAACUGUGUCAGAAAUUAUGAAGAGGUUGAGGAGGGUUACAGAAACAAAGAAAGAGAAAUGGAGGAGAGACUGGCCGAGAAGGAUAUAGACUGUGAUCAAAUGAGACUCAUAAUUGAACAAACAAAAGCAGAACUGAAUGAACUGACACAAAAAAUGGAGAGAGAGAUGACAAACUUGAUCCAGGAGUACGAAAGAAGUAUAGAAAGAAGAAAUCAAGAACUAGAGAUUAUUGUCAAUGAGAAAAAUGAAGUUAUACAAUCUUUGCAACAAGAAAAGCAACAAAAAGCAUUGGAAGUUAUGGAAAAUUUACAAGAUAGUCAAAAGAAAGUUGAGGAAAUGGAAGGAAAAAUGGCAGAGGAGAUUCAGAAGCUUGAACUAAAAUGUAAAAUGUUGAAAGAAGAGUAUGAAGCGAAAGAUGAACAAUUUAAACUUAAAGAAUCAGAAUUUGACACAUUUUGUAAAAAUUAUAAACAAGAGAUUUUAGAGUUAGGACAAAUCAGUAGCCACCUACAAAAGGAAAAAGAAGAUUUGAAAAAGGACUUUGAAAAGCAACUUGCAGUGUUAGCAGAGAAACUAGAGAAAGAUGAAGAGGAAAAACAAGAUUUGGAGCAGAAAUUUAAAGAAAUAGAAAUUUGGAAAAAUGAAAAACUGAAUUUUGAGGAGCAAGUGCUGGAUUUUGAAAAGAGGCAGGAAGAAUUAGUCCAGUGGGAAGUAGCUCUGACUGCAAAACAAAACAAACUCGAUGAAAAAGAUUGCGAGAGACAAAAAUAUUUUGAACAAAAGGAAAAAGAAUUUGAUAAAAUGUUAGAAAUUCUUGAAGAAAAGCAAAAAGAGUUAAAUUUUCACGGGCAAGAUUUGCAAAAGAAAGUGAGAGGGUUGAAAGACCAGGGGAAAGAGCUGAAAGACAAAGAGUUUAAUUUAAAAAAUCAAGAGCAAGAGUUGAUAAAUUGGACAUCGGAGCUGAGCGCACAAAACAAGCAUGUCAGCUAUACCACGCAACAAUUGAACGAAAUGGGCCAAGAAUUAGCAUCGCUCAAACAACAGCUAAAACAUAAAGACCAAAAGUAUAGGCUAAUGUUUGACAAUUUAAAUAAAUGGGAAGUUAGUCUGCAAGAAAGAGAGACGCAGCUAAGCACAAGGCAAAAUCAGUUAGAUUAUACACAUAAGGAAGAAGACUUUAUGUACCAGGAUAUCGGCAGAAAAGACAGGGUACAGAAAAUGGCUGAAUUAGCACGUCCGAAAGGUAAUAACUGUCACUUUGAAACACUACAUGAGAUGGCAGAAGAAAAUGAAAGUAUGGAGUCGCAAAAUAAACAGGAAGUAGAUAGCGGAAAGGUUAUCAGUGACUUUAAAGGGCUUUCAAAGAGUCCCAAAAACUACAAAGAAACCAGCGAUUUGACUAUCUUAAUGUUAAGGGAAAGCUGGUCAGCACGUUCGCCAUCUGGGGUUCGCAUCCUGGCAGGAAAACAAGAAGAGAUGUCGCAAAUAAACGGUGGAAACUUUAGGUAUUGGAGAGGGGAGAUAGAAGGAAGAGAGGUAUCAAUUGUUGAACCGCAAGGAGUGAAAUGGCAAGAUUGUACAAAUACUUCAAGAGAAAAUAUACGAGAAGCAGUAAGUUGGUGUGAAUCAGAGCCCGAUAUUGUGAUCUUAGUAUGGCCUGUUUUUCUAACCUGCACAGAAACAUACAGAAAAGCUAUAGAAUAUAAUCUUAAUUUAGUUGCAAGUGACAUUUGGGACAAUGCAAUGGUGCUGUUUACAUGGGGGGAGACUUUAGGAGUGAAUAUAGAACAGCAUAUUCAGAGAAAUGGGGAACAUAGAAGGAUAAUUGAGAAAUGUAAAGGCCGAUAUCAUGUAUUGACAAGCAAGAAAAACAACUCAAGCACUGCGAGAUUGUUUGAGAAAAUGAAUGAAAUUGUAGCAAUAAACAAAAGAGACGAUUUGGUAGUAACAGACUAGGCUCAAGAUAAUUAAGUUUUGCAAAUAUUUAAAGUCAAUGGUACUAAGUGCAUACAAUUACAAAUGAUUUUAUCCAAACAGCUAUUUUGAAAAGCUACCAUUUGGUAAAAAAAAAUAAAAUAAAAAAUACUACUUUAACAUCAUUGACUAGGAUCUUGCUAAUUUGCGACUGCCAAAAUCCAAUAAUUAAUUUGACAAUUUCAAAUGAAGCAAGUCAAAAUCACUAGCAUCUUUGUUCCCAGAUAAAAUUAUUGUUUUUGUAGGCCGCUGGAGAUUGGUUGGGCUUACGCGCUCUAUUCAACUGAUUAGAGGGUGCUAGCUUUCAUUUUAAAUAUGAAUUUCAUGAUAAGAGUGACAAUACAAAUGCAUUGGUGUGCUUGUGUUAGAUAUUAAAUGGUCUUUUGAGUUUUCUAUGCAUGAAAUGAAAAAUGUCUUAAAUUGCGCAUGUCACGUUGAGAUGUAUAACAACUGUAGAAACAUAUUAUUUACUUUAAAAUAUGUUUGGCUGCGUGGUUUCAUUUUAAUAUGUAAAAAUGUGCCUUAUGACGGAAAUAUCUAUGAAUAAAAUUACGUAGCCUCGA